AUGAUAUUUCACCGCGCAGUCAACCGCCCGAAGAAGUUCAACUGCUUGAGCGAACUUACAGUGGACCUUAAGUUGCUCAGACCCAUAGUGCAUACUCCAGUAGGGAGCUAUCGGGGGCUUCGGGCCCAAGACGGGAACUACUCUAUGUUCCUCGGUAUCCCGUAUGCGAUAGUGGACCCGGACAACGUAUUUGGUCCUCCUAUUUCACACAAAUUUGAAGGGAUAUAUGAAGCAGUCGACGAUACUGCAAGUUGUCCACAAGUUAAAGAAUUUAACAACACUAUCACUGGGACAUUGGACUGUCUUCACGUCAACAUUUACGUGCCAAACAGCCCUACUAUUGAUAAUCCCUUGCCUGUUAUGAUCUACAUAUUUGGGGGAAAUUUCGAAUUCGGAAAUGCAGGCAGAUACAUAUAUGGACCACGCUUCUUAGUAAGGCAUGACAUUAUUCUCAUUACGUUUAACUAUCGCGUUGGCCCAUACGGAUUUUUUUGUCUAAAUACUUCUAAAGUACCAGGAAAUCAGGGUUUGAAAGAUCAAGUACAAGCACUUCGGUGGAUUAAAGAAAAUAUACGAUAUUUUGGCGGAGAAGACACCAAAAUCACUGUAGUGGGACACAGUUCUGGUUCAGUAACGUUGGAUUAUCAUCAGUACUUUCUACAGGAACAGCUUUAUAAUAGAGUAAUUUUGCAAAGCGGCGUUGCAUUAUCUCAUCAUAUUAAUGAAGAUUCUGAUCCUGAUCGAGAUGCUGCUAUGAAAUUAGCAAAACAAUUGAAUUAUUCAACACAUGAUAUUGACGAUGCUUUAUCGUUUCUAAACAAAUUGGAGCCACAUGAACUUAUUGCUGCAGCAAGGGAUUCUGGUGUUAUUUUUAGACCGUGUGUUGAAAAGCAAUUCGAGAAUGCUAAUAACUAUAUAACGAAAUACCCUGCUGAUUUGAACACAAUUUCUCGUAGAGAUGUCGAUGUCUUGAUUGGUAUUACUAACGACGAAAGCUAUCCGUUAGUAACUAUGGACAUAGAAAAAGGUAAGUAUGAAUGCGAAGACUUCGUGUCUUUGGUUUUAGAGACUCUUUUCGAAUUUAAAAAUGAAAGUAAACUUUCAAACGAAAUGAAUAAGAUUGUCCGGUUAUUUUACUAUGGUGAUGAUGUUCAGUGUGCAGAAAACAAGAGACCGGAAAUGAAUAUCCAUGCUGAUUUUACAUUACACAGUCCGAUACUAAGAACUGUUAGUAAAUAUUUGGAGAGUGGCGUGGACAAUACCUACUUCUAUAUGUUUUCAUUUGCUGGUGAAAGGAAUUUUCUCAAAGAUGGCAUUAAAGCACCACUUACAAUGGAUGGUGCUUUUCAUGGAGAUGAGGUGGGAUAUCUAUUUGACAUAUCUUACAUGAAAGAGCGUUUGCGUGAUGAAGAUAUGUUAAUUGUAGACAGGAUGACCGAACUGUGGACUAAUUUUGUAAAAUAUGGAAAUCCAACACCGAAACCGUCAAAGUUGAUUCCUCUUCAAUGGCCACGGGUAACCCAGGACAAACUGCCAUAUUUGGAGAUAAACACUGAACUACGCUUAGGAUCAAGACCGAUGCACGAGCGGAUGAGCUUUCUGGACCUUCUGUACAAGCACAUUGGACAAUACCAAAGGUGGAUGAGCAAGGACUGA